UUCAGCGCGCGUCACCGCAGAGCUUCAUUAAAGGACCCAAACGCGCCGUCAUGGCACAAUAUUCAGGACCGAAGCUAUAUCGGAGUAUGAAAAUACUGUCUCCUGUUGAAACAAUGGCUACCAAUGAUCCUCUGCCUCCAGGGUGGGAGAUUAAAAUCGACCCUCAGACCGGAUGGCCGUUUUUUGUGGAUCACAACAAUCGCAUCACAACGUGGAACGACCCCCGGCACGACAGUAAACGGGGUACUCAGCUGUCCCCAAACGGCCCCUGUGCAUCUACAGAAUCAUCUCCUCAGGACAUGCACAAGGUUUUUUUUUCGGAGAUGAAACAGCCAUCCCUACGUCAAGGCUAUAUCCCUAUCCCAGUCACCCAUGAAAAUGUCGAACCCAGGCAGCAACAGUAUCCACCAUUUUCUUAUAUGUAUCCGGCAAACCAGCAAAACCUAAGAGCAGAUGGCCGGACUCCAUCCCCAACUCCCACACUGCACUGUCAAACAAGAUCUCCAGUACAGGCCACGCCAGAGGCCGAUUCACACUGCCUGUCAUGUUCACCUGCUUCACAUGGACCUGAGGUUCACCAUGUGCACCAUUCGCCACAGGGGACACAGUCUCAUACCAACUCGCAGCAUCAACCUUCCAGACCCAGCAGCACAGGCCUCCGGUCAGGCUAUAUUCCCAUUCCUGUCAUUCAUGAGGGGACCGGAGGUAGCCCACAAACCCAGAAUGUCCAUCCUAAGCGCUUAUGGCAAACAGAAUAUCAACCCUCCAUUCACAGUCGUCAACCAGAAGAAUGGAGUCCUGGCCCUGCGUUUUCCACAAGAGAAAAAGCCCCAACCUACCGCGAACAUGUGCCCAUCCAGCUUGAGCAGAAUCGCUCAGCUAGUCCUAGCUUACUCCCCAGUGUAAGGGCUCAGGAGCCAGUCAGAGCACAGGUCAUGAGUGAGAGGCCACAGGUCCAGCAGCAUGUUACGCAUACAGAGAUUCCUAGUAAAGUUGAUCAUCCUGUUGAACAUCGCACCAGCCUCCCCAUUGAGAUUCCUAUUCAGAGAGUGGCUGAACCACAACAGUCUGUACCACAUCCCAUAUUACCACUGACACAGCAUCCCAUACUGGAACCUGAACAGGAACUUAUACAGACCCCCAUACAACAGCCUGUGCUACAGUCUGAACAAGUGCCACCUCCAGUGCCAGAGACCGCUAAUUUAGGGUCCAUGCAGGUUCCAGCAGCACCAGAACCUCAGGAACCAUCAGCCCCACAACCAGAAGUUGAACUCGAGGAGAAGGUGGAGCCAAGCUCAAGUCACCCAGGACUGACAAAGGUACAGCAAAUAUUGGAGCGGGUGGAGAAACUGGCCCAGGAGGUGAAAGGUUUUUAUGGGAAAAAGAAUGAUAAAAGAUAUCUGAUACUGGAGGAAUUUUUGACCAAAGAAUUGUUGGCUCUGGACUCGGUUGAUCCAGAGGGACGUAUAGAUGUGCGUCAGGCCCGACGUGAUGGUGUCCGCAGAGUACAAACCAUUCUUGAGGAACUAGAGAUGCUGGGUGAGCAAUCAGAAGCACAGGUGAGCAUCAGCAGCACUGAAGCUGAGAAAGGAGAGCCUAGUUUGAUCAACCAGGCAGACAUGGAGAAGGCCAAGGAGAUAUCAUAACUGCAAACCAAAGCCCCCCUAGUAUGAAAGAGACAAUCACAUCUCCUCAGUCUGUUAUUGGUUGCAUGCACAAUUAAUUUAAUUGUUCUGUUGGCUGACAGUUAAUAUGUGAUUUGUUUGCUGAGUGCAGUUAUGUGUGCUGUUAAGUGAUGGCGCUCUUGUGGAAUUUUACUGUACAAGUGUCUUGUAGCAGGACCAUAGUGGUGACCUUGUGGUGGCUAAGUUUCAUCCUGAAACUCAGUCUCAAAUAAGAGGCCUUUACUCAAAUGAAUGUGCUUUAUUUUUGCUUCUACUUAGGACAAGUAUCCGAUGUUUGCCUUUUAGUCUUUUCCAUGUAUGAUGAAAAGCUUUUGAAAUUCCAAUAAGAAUACCCAUUGUUUCAUAGAAGGACACUGAUUUUGUUCAUUGAUUUUAUAACAGCGGUCAAAGAAAAAUUAUUUACAAGUGUAAAAAGGGUCAAGGUUACACAUGAAAAACAAACUCCUUAUAUAUCUAUUCUUACAUUUGGAAAACAAAAACUGAUCAGACUAUCCGUGUUUUGACUAUAAUGUUGUGAUCUUGAUACUUGUCAACAUCAGUAUUAAUGGUUGAAUGAUAUAGACAACAGUGUUAUAUUUCUAUUCUAUUUUUGUGCCAAAAUGAACAUUUUUACAUAUUUUCCAGUGGUAAAAAUGUCCUCCAUCUCCAUUAAAGUGUAUUCUCUACACAAAAUAUACAUGAAUAAUAAAAGACCUGAAAAGUAUACUGUGUAUCCCUUCUCAUGUGACUUCUGUGAUGCUUUAGAACUCUGCAAGCACGUAACGACUGCGAUAUAAAGUAGCAGUGUACUGUUACUAUUUGGUUGCAAAGUAAGUUGUGAUAUAUGUAUACUACCACAGAUUUAAAAAAAAAAAAAAAAAACAACAAUCAAAAUAACUGCAAUAAAAAUAGAGUGCUAUUUACUUAUAGUGCAGCUGUAUCAUUUUUACUUUGAAAGUACAUUCCACUGAAAAUAUAAAUGGUCUAAUAUAGUUGGAACUGAGGUUACAAUAUUAGACCACUUGUUUCAGAUGUGACUCAGGGUAAUUAUAGUAAAAUGUUACCAAGCUGAAGCCUAAAGUAUUUGUUGAUUUAGCACAUCAGUAUACCCCAUCCAUCAAUAAAAAGGACCACCACAGAACAGUUAGAAGGUACAGCUCAUGUUUUUCCAUGCACAAUUUCUCUUAAUCAUCCUGUAGGCCUUUUGCUGGCCUGUUCUCAAUCCACAGCAACACUGAGGUGCUCAAAAACUCCAGUGUUCAUGCCAAUGCUAAAUACAUCACCAUGUUAUUAUCACUGCUGAGAAUGG